AAUCUUAGCACGCCAUCUAUGCCAAUUGGCAGUGACCCCAAGAUGACUAAAAGGAUUUACCACAAUGCUAGCGAGCGUGAUCGUCGCAAGAAGAUGAAUGCUUUGUACUCCACUCUCCGUUCACUACUUCCCUCGGCUGAUCAAGCGGAAAAAUUAAGUGUUCCGACUACAAUUUCGCGCAUGCUUAAAUACAUACCAAAACUAGAACAAGAAGUGGAGGUACUGAUGCAAAAGAAGGAAGAGCUUAUAUCAAGGAUUUCUAGGCAAGGUGAACAAAUUCAUCAAGAAAAUCAGAGACAAAUUGUAGGUCGGAGCUCUUUAUCUGUUGUUUCUGCAAACUGGCUUAACGAUAGAGAAGUUAUGAUUCAGAUAUCUACAUAUAAGGUUCAUAAAUGUCCAUUAGCAAAUAUCUUGCUUAAUUUGGAGAAGGAUGGGUUUCUAGUAUUAAAUGUUUCUUCCUUUGAGUGCUUUGGAGGAAGGGUUUUUCAUAAUUUACACCUCCAGGCAGAAAGGAGUUAUGCUUUGGAGCGUGCGGUGGUUUUGAGUGAGAAGCUCCUAUCAUUAUAUGAAAUGGGGAAAGGGUUCAAGCACGAAAAUCAUCAUGGCUCCGUUGGAAACGCAUUCAUGAGUUGA